GGUUGCAGGUGAGUGGGGCCAUGGCGGCCGGGCAGCGCAGCGCCGCUCAGGCGGCCUGGCUGCUGCAGGUGGCAUGCUAGCCCGGGCUGCCAUGCGCCAGCGCAGCGGUCCCGGCAGCAGCAGCAGCAGCGUGAGAGCGGCGGCGGCGGCGGCGGUUGCGGCACCGGCGGUUGCGGCACCGGCGGCGGGGGCCCGGGCGACCCAGAGCGGCCAGCAGGCACCGCGGCGUUCGCGCAGCGCCCCGAAGCGUCACCACGGAUCACGCGCAGGCGCCGCACGACCAUCAGCCGGCUGGCGAAGGCAAGAGCAUGUCCUUCCUGUUCCGCUUCCACGACCUGAUCGGAGGCAUCCAUGUGCCCAUCGACGACGGCGUGGACAAGCUGAACCGCAAGUACACCCUGGUGGUGUUCCUGUUCCUGGCGCUGCCCAUCUUUACGCGCCAGUAUAUCGGCGACCCGAUCGAGUGCUUCACGCCGACCUACUUCACGGACGCCCAGGCGCGCUUCGUCAACAGCUACUGCUGGACAGCCUCCACCUACUACCUGGUGAGCGACGCCGAGGGCGACGAGGCGGCCGAAGCUCCGCCGCGCGAGCCGCCGGACCCGCGUGUGCAGCCUGAGGAGCUGGACUACGCGGGCUUUGAGACCCCGCCAGCGGGUGGCGUCGAGCGUCUGCGGCGCGUGCACGUCUCGUACUACCAGUGGGCGCCGCUGAUCCUGCUAGUGCAGGGCUGCUGCUUUCACCUGCCCUUCGUGCUAUGGGGCGCGUGCGCGCACAGCGCGGGCGUCAAGCUGCGCCGGCUGCUCAAGCGGGCCUCGGACAUCGCCAGCCUGCCGCCGGGCUGCCAGCAGCGCGAGGCCCUCCUGUCCGAGUUCGUGGACCAGUUCCACACGCUGGUGGCCGGCAGCGCGGGCUGCUGCACGGACCCGGCCUGCGGCCUCCCGCUCGCCUGCCGCUGUGUGGGCGGCCCCACGCGCUACCUCUGUUUACUAUACCUGCUGGUCAAGUCGCUCUACGUGCUCAACGUGGGCCUCCAGUUCCUGAUGCUCACGGCGUUCCUGGGCCGCGGCUUCCUGCGCCACGGCCUCGAGCUGGCACGACGGCUGGCCGCCGACGGCGACUGGUGGAACUCGCCGCGGUUCCCGCUGCAGACGCUGUGCCAGGUGCGAGCCGCGCUCCAGGGCGGCCUGCGCACCUACCUCUGUCGCUGCGUACUGCCCAUCAACGUGUUCAACGAGAAGAUCUUCUCCGUCGUCUGGUUCUACCUGGCGCUCCUGCUGCCGCUGAACCUGGCCAGCCUGCUGCUCUGGCUGUGGCGCUGCUUCCGCUGCAACCGGUUCGCCUUCGUGCGGCUCUGCCUCUGGAGGACCCGCAUGGUGAGCCUGGGCGAGCUGUCGCGCGUGUCGCGCAAGAUCGCCGUCAACUACCUGGGCUGGGACGGCGUGUUCGUGCUGCGCCUCAUCGAGAACAACCAUGGCAGCGCCAUGGCCACCGUCAUCCUGGGCCGCCUGUACGACUUCUACGCCAACCAGAUGAAGGCGCAGGACGACGGCUCCGACGUGGAGCUGGGCCCCAUGCCGCCCUCGGUGGCCGCCCAACAGUCCGGCGCCAUGCACCCGUGCCACGGCGCGCCCUGCCACGGCGGCGCGGCCGCCCCCUGCGCCCACCAGUUCGGUGCCAGGCGGCCCGGGGGCUACUGGGGCAAGUGAGCGCGCAGCAGGGACCUAGCCAGUUACCGUAGCCGGCCCUAGCGGCCGCUAGGCUCGCCUAGAGCACACACAUGUAUCCCAGAGAGGGCCGCCCUCGCUAUGCAAGCCCGGCGAGGCGGCUUCCACACCGCCUCGCGCGUGGCACCGUGUAUCUCUAUCGCCCCGGGCCCUGCUGCGGCCGCUGGCCCCAAUGGCAGCCAGACCCCUUGGUACCGCCUGGGGGCGCCUCUCUCUUACGAGGGGGCCGCCCCGACUAGUAGCUCGCCAGGGGCCGCUUCCCGCCGGCGGUGCGAGGACCGCCGCCGCCGCACGAGGACCGCCGCUCUCCGGGCAGCCUGCGCGCAGGUGAGGCUCGCGUCUGCCGCGCCGGCGGCGACCACUCCACGCCUUGUCUCCCCGCCGCAGGCAGAGCCUUCCAACCCGGACGACGGCCAGGACCACACGAGGUCUUCCGGCCCGAGGGCAGCCUCCCGGGCCGAUGCCGCGUGGCGCGGUGGCGGGUCCCACAGGGCCGGCGAGAAGCGUUCCUGCACGGCGAGAUCCCGCCCUGGCGAGCACCCGUUGGGACCCAGCGGGAAGCGCUCGGCUUCCGCACCAGCCGUUCGGACUGCCAACUCGCGACUCAGAGGCGAACGUAGAAAUCAUUGCCAAGUAUUUCAUGCUUAACCACAUCAGCUGAUAUUAUUUGCUAACGGGCUCUGGAGCGAAGAAACAAUCUUAAAUUACUCAUCCAGAAUAUGUUCCUAGCUGCGAAUUCUAAUAAACGGACAAACGGGAGUAAACCCCCAA